CAUACGUUUAUCUGCCUAUGAGCUUAGUUUACCAUGGCACUCACCUCUUCAUCACACACGCUUUCGAACAAGGAGUACUCACUUUUAUUUCACGCAAUACUGUGUUUCUUUCUCUUCAUUAAUGUUGUUAGAGAGACCAGCAGCAGUGAGCAACCUUCAGUGCAGGCCACUGUGGAGCCAGUGGACUGUGUCUUAACAGACUGGUCUCCAUGGACACGCUGUGACCCCUGCCAGAAGAAAAGGUAUCGUUACAGGAAGUUGCAGCAGCCGUCACAGUUUGGUGGUGAACCGUGUGAUGUGUAUGGCCGGGAUGAGGAGUCCUGUACCCCCCCUCCCAGGCUCAUCUGCAGAGACGUCCCAUUAUGCCAGGGCUUUGUCUGUGCCACCACAGGCCGCUGUGUCCACUCCCGCCUAAAAUGCAAUGGAGAUGAUGACUGCAGGGAUGGUUCUGAUGAGCAGGACUGCAAGAGCACAUUCCAUGUCUGCAAAGAGAAGACAGAGGAAUUCUGGGGCAUUGAGAACCUUGCAAAAGGAAUCAACAUAUUGAACAGCAAUCUUGAAGGAGCGGUUAUUGAUAACAGAUAUUAUGCUGGGAGCUGCCUGCCACAUUACAUCAAAGAAAUCAGAUUCAGAAAACCUUAUAAUCUGCAGCAUUAUACUACUGAGACAAAGGGAUCCUAUGACUUCACACUUGAUGAAUUUGAGUCCUACUCCAGCUUUGAGCACAACAGGAUGGAGGCAAAGAAGUCUCAGACCUCUGUGUCCAUUGGCAUUAAGUUCCCUGGAGUGUUUGAGUUCGGCUUUAACUACAACGACAUGAAGUACAAGAAAAAUGUGCAGAAAAUGCGUCGCUAUUCUGGGACAAAACACAGCUUUAUUCGGGCACGCUCCCAGCUGGAGGUGGCGCAGUACAUGCUCAAGUCAGGAGACCUGAUGUUACACCCUGAGUUCCUCCAGCGUGUCCGUGCUCUGCCCACGGAGUACAGCUACGGGGAGUACAGGCAGAUCUACAGUGACUACGGGAGCCACUACGUCACAGAGGCCAGGCUGGGAGGAGAGUAUGAGUACACCAUCGUGCUGAACCGUGAAAACAUGGAGAGGUCAAAAUACAGUCUGUCGGACGCUAAGAAGUGUGUGCAGGCAGGUCUGAAGGUAGGGGCCAACAUUGACGGAGUGUACUUUUCUAUUGGAGGGACGGGAGGAAGCUGCAAAGCCCUGCUUUCGGAGCUGGGAGAUAGUAAGGUGAAAAGGACACAUGUGGAGGACUUUGUUGCCAUGGUAAGGGGGGGCAGCAGUGAGUCCAUCUCCAGUUUGGUCUCGAAACAGCUGCCCACAGCCUUGAUCAUGCAGGACUGGGGCGAAUCCAUCUUCUACAACCCAGACUUCCUCCACACCAAGGUGGAGCCUAUUUUUGAGCUGGUGACUACAAAAGAUUUUGUGAACGCCGGACCAUUAAAGAGGAACCUACAGCUAGCCCUUUCUGAAUACCUGGAGGAAGCCAGCCCCUGUCGCUGUGCCCCCUGUCGCAACAACGGUGUGGCAGUCCUCCGAGGAACAAGAUGUGAUUGUAUAUGUCCUGCGGGAACCAGUGGGAGAGGAUGUGAGGUCACCCAAAGAACAGAUGUUGCAGUCGAUGGAGGAUGGAGCUGCUGGUCAUCCUGGUCAGCUUGCAGCCAACGCACCAAGCACAGAACCCGGCAGUGCACCCACCCCUCACCACAGAACGGGGGUGUGCCUUGCACUGGAAUAAAUACAGAACCUGCAGACUGCAUUUAACUCCCCCUGCCCAAACACAAAUGCCACAAUAAAACACAUCACUGGGAA